UGAGGUCCCAAGUGAGAGACUCGUGGUUUAUAAAACCAGCAUGUUGCUGGACACAAACGGCCACUCCUAACACUUGGAUGCACGUCUACCACAGAACCUGGCACUGGACUGGGAGGACGAUAUUUUGCCUUGAUUUAUUUAUUUAUUGAUGGUUCUGUACUGGUCUUGAUGUUAUGACAGGAGUUUCUUGUCACAAGUGGAAGAACAGACUGUGGUGAACCGAAAUAUCAAAGGAAGGGAUAAAACGGCAAAUUCAUUCAUAUUAUUUAUCUUGUAAACCUUCAAAUUAUGGAUGGUAAGUGUUGAAAUGAUCUCAGCUGAAUGUAGAAAAUAUACAUUCAUGUGAUAAUGAUUUUAGACAAAGUCCGUUAUCCAAUACAAUGUGAACUAAAGUUCACCGCAAGCCUCCCCUCUCCUCAGGUCCUCAUCUGUCUCAGAGCUGUGAACUAUCUCUGCCCUGCUGUGCAGACAGCGGGUCACCAUCGGGCGCCAAGGCCCCCCAAGUCAGUGGGGUCAGAGUUCAGCUGGAGAUGCAUGCACUCUGGCAGCAGUUUGACCAGCUGGGCACGGAGAUGAUUGUUACCAAAGCUGGAAGGAGGAUGUUUCCAACAUUCCAGGUGCAAAUCUCCGGGAUGGAUCCUACUGCUGAAUAUGUCCUGCUCAUGGACUUUCUCAUUGUUGACGAUAAGAGAUACAGAUAUGCGUUCCACAGCUCAUCCUGGUUGGUGACAGGGCGAGCGGAUGUUGUAGCCCCAAGCAGGAUGCAUUUCCACCCAGACUCACCUGCCUGUGGAGCCCAGUGGAUGAAGCAGACCGUCUCCUUCGACACUCUCAAGCUCACCAACAACAUGCUGGAUGACAACGGACAUAUGAUAUUGAACUCCAUGCAUCGCUAUCAGCCGCGCUUCCAUGUGGUGUAUGUGGAUCCGGCUCCCAACAGCCACUUAAACGCACACAGGAACUUUUGCUCUUUUUCCUUCCCAGAGACACGCUUCAUGGCCGUCACUGCCUAUCAGAACCACCGGAUCACCCAGCUAAAAAUUGCUAGCAACCCAUUUGCUAAAGGCUUCAGGACGACAGACCCCCAGGACCGGGUGGGUUAUUCCGGACCCCUGGCAGUGUGGUGUCCACCAGAGGGCAGAGCUGAGCUGCUCUCCACUAAACCUGGAGAGCAGAGAAGCUGGGGCUCAAAGACUUCAACCAGACCGGAGGACUCAGCUCUGUUGCUAGUGGAGCAGUGUGGACUGUUCCACCACUGUAAGGACUCUCUGGGACUCACCAUGGAGAGGAGAGAUGGGGACAACGCAUUAACAGCUGCUUCCUUCUUUCCGAUUCCUUCCUACUGGGACUGUCCAGGAUCAACCGAGGAGAGAGGCAGUCUGUCAUAGAAAAAAAUAAAAUAAAGCAAACUAACUGAACUUUGAAUUAUAUUUGACCUACUGUUUCCAUACAACUGUAUUGUGUGUACUAUAAAAAUGAAUAUAAUGUGUGGUCUCCCUCACAUAAUUAAUUUAUAGGGAUACUAUGCAUAAUACAAGUGCUUCAUUAAAAGCAUAAUGUAGUUUACAUAACAAUAUAAUAGAUAUACAGCAAUUACGCCAUAUAUUAUUAAUAUCAUACCAUACAAUAAGAGCACUAUGGUGUCACAGUAAAGUACUAUAGAAUACAUAAUCAAUACAGUAGAGAGAACAACAAACACACUAUAAGUCUAAAUAACAUGGUCUUUUCGUGGUUUAACAUGUGUGCAACUACAAUCUGUUAUCUGGGAUAAUAA